AUGACACCUCGUUUUAUUACUUUUUUCCCAUUGUUCUGCCACCAUUCAUUAUUUUCUUUAUGUCAUUCCUUUGAAACAUACCGAGCAAAUGUCACGACAGUAACGGCCCCCAAUGUGGGGGUUUGGCCUAUAUGUGGUAAUAGUCAAAGAAACAUGUAUUCUUGUAAAAUUUAUCUCAACAUUCAAACUGUGAUGGACUUCUCCAUAUGUGGAAACCGAGAAAUAUAUGUAUAUGAGUUGAUAAUAACUCUUCUGAAUCAAAGGUGUUAA